AUGUCUGACUAUUUUCCAAAGGAUAUCAUACAGGAAAUCCUCCAGAGGUUGCCCACCAAGUGUUUGAUCAAAUGCACCUUAGUGUGCAAGCCAUGGAGAUCUCUGAUUCAAAGCCCUAGCUUCAUCCACAGCCACCUCCGCCGCACAAUCCAUUCCAACAACCAGAACGCAGCCGUUGGCCUCCUUCUGCUGAGGGCUUUCGCCGGCAACGAAAACAGUGCGCUUUACUCGUUGUAUUGGGAUAACUCUGAAACCGGUGAGCAUUCCAAGCUUGUAAAUCCUUACCCUUACAUUAAAGAAGCUAUUUUCUCCCCAAGUGAAAGAGUUGUAGUUCGGGACUUCCAUGUGGUAGGAGCUUGUAAUGGGCUCGUAUGCCUUGCUGUUGACUUUGCCUAUGUUGGUUCCCAAACAAUCAUUUGGAACCCUUCUGUUAGAAAGUUCGUAACUUUGCCUGGGCGUAGUGUUUCAGUGAGCAAGACUGGUAAGCGUAGAGCAAGCUAUGCUUUUGGGUAUGAUUCGCGUACCAAUGACUAUAAAGUUUUGAGAAGUAUGAGUAAUAGGUACGGGAAAACCCCAUGUGAAGUUGAGAUUUGGUCGUUACUCAGGGGCUCCUGGAAGAGUCUUAGUGCUGCUGUUGUUCCAGAAGAUUUCAUGUUUGGAGUUUAUAAUAAUCGUAAUGUUGUUCCUUCGAAUUAUGGGUCUGUAGAUAAACAUGCUUUUGUCAAUGGUGCUCUUCACUGGGUUCAACGCCGUACUGUAGGGGAGGACAAAUUCAUUUUGUGGUUUCAUAUGGGCAGUGAAUUAUUUGGAGAGAUAAUGAUGCCUGAAGGUUUGACAAGAGAGCGUUGCUUUGUUUUAAGGUACGAGGAGUCCCUUGCCUUGUUAAAGAGUGAAGAACUACAGGGAAAUUGUUCUAAAUUCGACAUUUGGGUGAUGAAAGAGCAUGGUGUGGUGGAAUCAUGGACUAAAUUAUUUACCGUAAACCUGCACCACCGUAUGUUGGAGCCAUUUUGUUUUACAAGGAGCAGUGAACUAGCGUUCAAAAUGUGUGUGUUUGGUCGACGGCUGCUGAAGGUGGAUCUUAAGACUGAAGAAUUUAAAUAUUUUGGAAUUGAUGGAUAUAUGUGUCACUUCAUGGACUCUUUUGUGGAGAGCCUUGUCUUACUUGGCCAAGCCAAUGCUAUUUCUUACUGA